ACACGCCAUCCUCAUCACACGGAGUACCAGCCCCAUCAUCAUCACAAGGAGUACCAAGACCGUCAUCAUCAAGCUCAGAAAGUGCAAGGUCUAGCACGGAAAUGACUGGCGGUAUAAACGAAAAUAAUAGUCCCGAGUAUGAUGGGCCAAAUACUACGCCUCAUCGAAUUUUUUCGUAUGAUGCUUCAUCAGGUGCUUCCGCACGUAAAGACCAUGAUCCUAAAGAUGGUAUCUUCGAAGAUGGCCUUCUUACGAAAUCCCCUUAUGAUAUUGUCGUUGAUUGCAAACUCACUGUCAACAAUGUAUGUGUCCGAUCAAAAAUGGAACAAUGGCGCUGUUCAUCCAAAUACGUUGAAGAAUUACAUAAGCAAGACCUAAUGCGUUACAAUAUUCUAGACACAACCAGUUCUUCUGCAACAGAAGCACGAAAUCUCUUCAAGAAGGAUUGGGAUGAUCUUGUUAGAACAAUAGAAGAAUUUUUAACGUCUAGCCCUGAUGCUUCAGGAUCUGCUUUCACUUUAGCUUCGAUUGAUCAGGACAUAGAACAAGAUGGAAGGGCAGAUGAUGUCAAACAAUAUAUAAAAAGUAUAUCGAAAAAUGUGAAUACCGCGAAAAAAUUACGUGACGUAAUCAGAAUAGAGUGUGAAAAGCUACGGGAAAAUGGAAAUACAAUAUGGAGGAAACGGGUUUUAGACUUGAUGGAAACAUUGCAA